AUGAAAGGUGCAAUCUUCCUAUUCCUUGUACUUAUUUCAUUUUCUGACACUUGUCUUGUUGUUCGUUCACCUUCACCAGUGUGCAAAUGUCCACCAAUUGGCCUUUUUAAUCAGUCUGACGUUGAAAGAAAUGCCGGUGGAUACUACCUUGGAAACCGUCCAACCUGGCACCCAGUGAAUCGAGUUGUGAACAACGAGAAUGUUUUCGGUACUCAACCGAGAAAUAUUGGAAAUUUGAAGUGUGAAUUACAUACGGACGGGACAUAUCAAUGGUAUUUUCAUGGCUAUCCAAUGUUUGAUAUGUCACUUGGUUGUCAAGAAGACACAGAUAGUUGUAGUUGUCCAGAAAUCAAAGGAAACAGUGAGAGUGGUGUGACGUUGACAGAAAGAUUCCCGGAUACACCUGAUCAGUGCUAUUUUUACGAAGGAUCCUGUUCAAAUGAUUCAAAAGAGGCAUUCGUCUACUCAAAAAAUGAAAUUAUCAGCACAGGAACUGUAACAAGAGAAGUACGUUUUGAGGAUUUAUUGUGUGUAAAAGAUUACGAUAAUAACUUCGAUUGGUAUUUUUUCAAUGAGAAGUUAGAAAAUGUGAGCAUUGGAUGCAGUACAAUAAAAGAUGCGUUUGGAUCAGAUGAAGUCUGUGCCUGUGGAGCGUUUCCAAUCAUCACUACGGUUGAACAACUGGAAAACUAUGAUAAAACAAAUAAAUACCGUGGAAGAAUAAUUGGAGCAAACUCAUGGACUCCCAGUUGUGCAUUUAAUGUUACUUGCGAUGAUGGAUAUGUUGGAGUUGUGUUCAGUGACAGCAAUGAACCGGUUGAGUUGACUAUCAGUAGCUACAUCACUUGCACCUACAAUCCAAUAACAAACUACUUGAGAAUUUGGGUUGUCAACAGUGUCAGAGUUCUCAAUCCGGCUGCAGCUUGUUUGAAGAUUAACGGAUCUUUUAAUUGA